AUGCCAACUCUCUCUCCCUCUCCCUUAGAGCAAACUACACAAGCCUCUCUUGAAAAACAUGACAUAUCAAAACAACUAAGGAAUCAACAUUCUCGGGUAUCAGAAGCACCAAAUUCCCUUACCAACCCUCGGGUAAUACUUGGACAACCUCAACUUCAAAGGACCAAACCAAUUAUAUGGUGUGCUGCAGUGCUGUGCUUCAUAUUCAGCCUUGUACUUAUCUUCUUUGGAAUUGCAACAUUGAUUGUAUACUUUGCCAUCAAACCAAGAAACCCCACGUUUGACAUUCCCAAUGCAAGCCUCAAUGUAGUAUAUUUUGACUCACCACAGUAUCUCAAUGGUGAAUUCACUCUCCUUGCAAAUUUUUCUAAUCCUAACAGGAGAUUUCACGUGAGGUUUGAGUCCUUGAAAGUUGAGCUUUUCUUCUCAGACAGGCUCAUAUCAUCACAGUCAAUCAAGCCUUUUACUCAGAGGCCAAGGGAAACCAGGUUGCAACCAGUGAACUUCAUAUCUAGCUUGGUGUUUUUGCCUCAAGAUGUUGGUGUGAAACUUCAAAGGCAGGUGCAAAACAACAGGGUCAACUACAAUGCAAGGGGUACAUUUAAGGUGAGGGUCAACAUGGGACUAAUCCAUAUAUCUUACUGGCUGCAUAGCAUAUGCCAGAUUGAGAUGACAUGUCCACCAACAGGAAUUCUAGUAGCCAGACAAUGCGUAACAUAUCGAUGA